AUGGCAGAUAAUUUAGAGCUUUGGGAUGAAUUCGGUAAUUACAUUGGUCCAGAUUUAGAUGAAAAUGAAGAUCAAUUAUAUGAAAUCGAACAGCAAGCACAACAAGAACAAGAAGAGGAUCAUAAAGAAACAAAUGGAUAUAAUCAAGAUGAACCACAUAUUGAGGAAACAAAUGAUGAUGAUGAAGAAAGAAUGAAUCUUGACAACAACAUUAGACAAGUUACAACCUCAUCUGCCAUAGUAUUACACGAAGAUAAACAAUACUAUCCAGAUGCAAAUGAUGUAUAUAAAGGUGUCGAAGUUAUGGUUCAAGAUGAAGAUACACAACCAUUAUCAAAACCAAUCAUUAAUCCACAAAAAAAUAAAACUGUUUCAAUUCAAGAAAAAGAUUAUCCAGAAACAACCUUCUCUAAACAGUUUCUUACUGAUCUUUCAAACUAUCCACAAUUUAUAAGAAAUGUUGCUCUAGUUGGCCAAUUACAUCAUGGUAAAACUAGUUUUAUGGAUAUGUUAUAUCAACAAACUCAUGAAAGAAAAUGGUUAAAUACUAAACCAAUUAGAUAUACUGAUACUAGAAUUGAUGAACAGGAAAGAUUAAUUUCAAUUAAAUCUACACCAAUGUCAUUAAUUUUACCAAACUCAAAAGAUAAAUCCUAUUUAAUAAAUAUUCUAGAUACACCAGGUCAUCCAAACUUUUUAGAUGAAGUUACAGCAAGUUUAGCAAUUUCAGAUAUAGGAGUUGUAGUUAUUGAUGCAUUGGAAGGUGUAAUGUUACAAACCGAAAGAUUAAUAAAGCAUGCAGUUUCAGAAGGUUUAGCAAUUUGUGUAAUUAUAAAUAAAGUCGAUAGAUUAAUGUUAGAAUUAAAAUUACCUCCAAUCGAUGCAUAUUUCAAGUUAAAGCAUACAAUUGAUGAAGUUAAUUCAAUUUUAGAUAUUUGUUCACAUAGUAGUCAACGUUUACGUGUUUCACCAGAGAUGGGUAAUGUUAUUUUUGCAAGUUCAGAAAUGGGUUGGUGCUUCAGUCUCCAAUCGUUUGCUAAAUUAUACUCUGAGAUUUAUGGUGCCACUGGUUUAAAUACAUUAGAUUUUUCCAAGAGAUUAUGGGGUGAUAUUUAUUUCAAUCCUAAAGAACGUACAUUUAGAAAGAAACCUUCAAUGCCAGAUCAAGUUAGAACGUUCGUUCAUUUCAUUCUCAAUCCACUUUAUAAAAUUAUUUCAACUGUUAUUAGUGAUGACCGUUCAAAUAUAGAAGAUACUUUAGCUGAACUUGGUAUCAAACUUACAAAAGAAACCUACAACCUAGAUAUUAGACCACUAUUACGUGUAGUUAUGGGUACUUUCUUUGGUGGUAAAUCAAAUGCAUUUGUAGAUAUGUUGGCUGCAUUACCAUCACCAUUGGAAAAUGCAGAAAAUAAAACCACUAGAAUUUAUACUGGUCCACUUAAUGGUGAAUAUGGUCGUGCAAUGAAAGAAUGUGAUCCCAAUGGUCCACUUAUGGUUUAUGUAACAAAAUUAUUAAACAAACCCGAUGGCAAAGGAUUCGAUUGUUUAGGUCGUAUUAUGUCUGGUACAAUUCAUCAAACCCAAUCUGUUAGAAUUCUUCGUGAAAAAUAUUCGCCCGAUAAUGAUGAAGAUAUGGAAUCUGAAAAUGUUAAUGGUGUAUAUUUUGGUGAAGCCCGUUAUAAAAUUCAAGUUGAAAAAGCACAAGCUGGUAUGUGGGUACUUUUAGAUGGUAUCGAUUCAUCAAUCAUCAAAACAGCCACCAUCACCGAUGCAAAAGAUAUCAAUAGCGACGAAGAAGAAAACGCUGCCCAUAUUUUCACUCCACUUCGUCACAUUACAAAGUCAGUUUGUAAAGUUGCAAUCGAGCCAAUCAACCCAUCAGAAUUACCAAAAAUGUUAGAUGGUCUUAGAAAGAUCGAUAAAUCCUAUCCACUAUCCAUCACUAAAGCAGAAGAAUCAGGUGAACAUAUUAUAUUAGGUACAGGUGAAUUAUAUUUAGAUUGCAUAUUAUACGAUCUUCGUGAAGUUUAUACAGAAAUCGAAAUCAAGGUCGACGACCCAGUAAUUGUUUUAAAUGAAACUGUUGUCGAAACUUCAUCAAUCAAAUGUUAUGCAGAUACCCAAAAUCAAAAGAAUCGUCUUACAAUGAUUGCUGAACCAUUAGAGAAAGGCUUGGGUGAUGAUAUCGAAAGUGGACUCGUAAAAUUAGAUUGGCCAAAGAAAAAACGUUCAGAAUAUUUCCAAACCAAAUAUGAUUGGGAUGUAUUAGCAGCAAACUCCAUUUGGGCAUUUGGUCCAGAUAUGAAUGGUCCAAACAUUCUUUUAAACGAUACAAUUCCAACCGAAGUUAAUCGUUCAUUAUUACUUAGUAUUUCAGAUUCAGUAGUACGUGGUUUCCAAUGGGCAACUAAAGAGGGUCCAUUGGUAGAUGAACCAAUUAGAAAUGUAAAAUUCAAACUUUUAGAUGCUACCAUUGCUUCAGAGCCAAUUCAACGUUCAAGUGGUCACAUUGUUCCAGCAGCACGUUCAGUUACUCACUCAUCGUUCCUUGUUUCUACACCUCGUCUUAUGGAGCCAGUAUAUUUAGUUGAAGUUAUAUCACCAAUCGAUUGUCUAAACGCUAUCGAAAAUGUUUUAACUCGUCGUCGUGGUCAUAUCAUUCACGACUUCCCUAAACCAGGUACACCUUUACACAUCACAAAAGCCCUAUUACCAGUAUUAGAUAGCUAUGGUUUCGAAACUGACCUUAGAGUUCAUACCCAAGGCCAAGCUUUUUGUUUAUCUACUUUUGACCACUGGCAAAUCGUACCUGGUGAUCCAUUAGAUAAAUCAAUUAAACUUAGACCAUUAGAACCAAGUCCACAACCACAUCUAGCUCGUGAACUUUUAAUUAAAACCCGUAAGAGAAAAGGUUUAGCAGAAGACGUUAAUUUUAGUAAACACUUUGAUGAAACAUUAUUAUUAUCAAUUUUAGAAAACGAUAAACAAUAA